CACUCUAACUUACUACUCAAACACAUUUAGUAUUAACUUAUUUAAAAGCAUGUUUGUAACCUUAGAGCAAAAUUUGAAUAUUGGAUAUGUUCUUCCCCAUAUAUAUGAACAUGCAAUUUGAGCCAGUUGUCUGUCUCUGUCAUACAAAAGCUGAAGCGGAUAGAGUUGAGUUGAGUUGAGUGCUGUGCUGUGUUGUGUGCGUCUUUAAUCUAUAUAGAAUUUGGCUUUGUGAGAGAAAAAUGGUAUCGUUGUUUUGGAACUCAGCAAUGAUAAGAGGAAGAGAUGAAGUGUAUGCGGCAGCAAUGCCUCUAAGGGCUACAAAGAGACCACCCCAGUUGCUUAUGUCUGCUGCUUACUCCCUCAAUUUCUGGGAUUUCCAGCAUUUCAUGGUCAUCAUCAAACCCUCUUCACCUUCUCAGGUUCUGGGUUUUGAUUUUCAACCAAAAGAUCCUGAAGAUAUAUAUGUGGCACUAGCGGCUCUAAAUGGUAGAGCAGUGCCGGGUGAGAUCAAUUACCGAGAUUACUAGUCUCGCGUUUCCAGAAAGUUAACUUCUUCUGAAUGUAUUAAUUACCGAGAUUGUGCAUGCAUGAUCAAGUGUAAACUGCUAUCGUAUACAAAAUCUUGAAAUAAAAGCUACUGAAUAUUUGUUUACCACAGGCAGUAUAAUAAUGUUGUUGUCGUCUUUCACAUGCCACAAAUACAUACAGCCUUAUACCCUUAAAACAUAUAAACAUGGACACACAACCUCACAAGAAGCAUUCAUGCUUUUAUUGGUUGUUGCUCUUCAGAAUAGGUGACACAUACUUGCUCCAACUUACAUUUGACUUUGAUAUAAUGUUAUAUGUCUUCUCGUUUCAUGCUAAAUGCUAAUACAAAAACAUGGUUUAUAUGUUUACACACUGUAUGGAAAUAGCAAUUAUGCCAUUGCCUGUCAAUGAUGUUAUACAAGAUUGUGAUUGCAGAUGGACAUAAACUAUAUCACAAAUCGCAAUGUGAAUGUCUUUAUGUUCUCUGUGGAUGUUGCAAUAAUUUGCUUCAUCAUAUGAGCUUUUUUGUUAUUUGUGUAGUUUCCUUCUAGGCCUCUGUUAUCAUCAGUGGAAGUAUGUGAUGCAGUCUGUUCUCAUGAUAUGGAAGAAGAAAAAAAUUUCUGUGCUGCAAUAUUGGAUGAGUGGGAGCUUCAGCAUCAUGAAUUUGAUUCUUGGGGCAUUUAGUUCUUCUGACAUGACAUUAUAAAGUCAACCUUUUGAGACAACAAGUUUGACCAUUUUGGACUGAUUUAUUUGUGCAGCUUUUGAAUUUUCCGAUUGAAUUUUCUUUCCAUAAAUGUUUUUACUUUUACCUUAAUCAAAUCACGACCUCUGUUUAUAUUCCUAGGGACUGUUCUGCCAAGAAACAAAUGUUGGCUUGUUGGAUAUUCAAAGGCAGAGGCGGAUGCUGUGGAAAUAGCAAGGGAAUUCAACAAAGAAUGGGAAACAAAUUUGAGGAUUGGCCUUCAUGAUUGUCAUGAUUAUACCAAUAGUAAGAAUUUAUUUCAGACCUUAUGUUGCAUAUUAAAGAAUUAGUAGCUUCCCUAUAUGUUUGUGUAUGUUACUACUUUAGUACUUGAUCGAAUACAUAAUUGGAACAUCAUGAAUUAUUGAUAUCUAGGAUAAUGAUUCAAUCUGCUCUAAUGUGUCGUUGCACUGAAAUUGUGUUAAUCGCAUAGGGGAACUUAGAUUUAGAAAUUCUAUCAUAUAAGUAUAUAUGGCUUCAGUAUUCUUUACUAUAUUGGUUUCGUUUUAUUUUACCAUGAAGUUUGAAUUUUUCUGGUUAAUUCAAAGCUUUGGUUUGGCAACUCACUGGUGAAAAAGAUGUGCUGAAACGUCUGAGAAACAUUGGUAGUUAGAGGGAAUCCAUUGUCGUUAUUGAAUUACUUUAUAUUGUAUCAUGCUUUCGGCAUUUUUUGAGCACCUUCAUUGCUUCACUUGGAUGGGAACUGGAACUGGCUAAACAUCGCCUUCAUGGGGCUCUGAAGAAAUCAAUCAAUCUCAUUACGAGAAAAAACUUGUGCUAUUUACUUUACCCUUCUGUAACGUUCUUUUCUUUACUUGUAUUGUAUAGCCUCUGAAUGUCUAUUUGUUCUUGUAUACUACGUAGCUAUAUAUGAAUAGCUGAUUAAUAGAAUGUUUGAGAUCUCUGAGUAAAUAUUAAUAAUCGGCAAAA